GUGAUGAAACCUGUUGGAAUUCUCGAGGAGGGUCGGGUUCCUUUGCUGCUGCUAAGGAGCAAUGAUUCAAGUGCUGCAGAUUGUAAAGGAUCUGGUGUCGCCGGCGAGACGCAGAGCAGAUGCUGCUAAGAAAGGUGCAGAUGCCGAGCAGGAUGCUGCUGUCAAACUUGCCCAAGAACGAGCAGAGAUAGUUGCCAAGUAUGACAGAGGACGUGAGGGUGCACAGAUUGAACCAUGGGAAGAUGCUGACUAUCGUCUUUACAAAGUCACAGACAGAUUUGGCUUUCUGCACCCAGAGGAGCUUCCUGUUCAUGAUGUAGCAAUAGAAAAGCAAAAGCACCUUGAAAUCGAAAGAACUACAAAAUGGCUAAAGAUGCUCAAAAGCUGGGAAAAAUACAAGAAUAGCGAAAAGUUUCAUAGGAGAAUUUAUAAAGGCAUCCCGCUGCAAUUCAGAGGGCAGGUCUGGUCCUUGCUACUUGAUGUUCCUAAAAUGAAAGAAGAAACAAAAGACCUUUAUAAUAAAUUGAAGUGUGAAGCACGAGGGUCUUCGCCAGAUAUUAGACAAAUUGAUCUCGAUGUAAAUCGAACAUAUAGGGAUCAUAUCAUGUUCAGAGACAGAUAUGGUGUUAAGCAACAGUCUUUAUUCCAUGUUUUAGCUGCAUAUUCCAUGUACAAUACGGAGGUUGGAUACUGUCAGGGAAUGAGCCAAAUUACAGCUUUGCUUCUUAUGUACAUGAAUGAAGAAGAUGCCUUCUGGGCCUUGGUAAAGCUUCUCUCGAGCCCAAAGCACGCUAUGCAUGGUUUUUUUAUUCCGGGUUUUCCAAAACUGUUGAGGUUUCAAGAACAUCAUGACAAAAUACUGAAAAAAUUUUUGUCAAAGCUUAAGCAACAUUUGGACUCCCAGGAGAUUUCCACAAGCUUUUACACAACAAAAUGGUUUUUCCAAUGUUUCCUUGAUCGUACUCCCUUUACAUUAAGCCUCAGGAUAUGGGAUAUCUACAUACUUGAAGGAGAGCGAGUUCUCACUGCUAUGUCUUACACAAUCCUGAAAUUACAUCGAAAGCAUUUGAUGAAACUACAAAUGGAAGAGCUUGUAGAAUUUCUGCAGGAGACUCUAGCCAAGGAUUUCUUCUAUGAAGAUGACUUUGUAAUAGAACAGCUCCAAAAUUCUAUGUCAGAAUUGAAACGAGCAAAGUUGGAUUUACCAGCAGCUGGUAAAGAAGAUGAGUUUCCAAAGAAGCCAUUGGGGCAAAUUCCACCAGGACCUCAGCCUGCUGUGCUUAAUUUCACUCCAGUGCUCAACGGACAGAACAACACUGGUACACAAACAGCAAGAGGGACAGAGAAGAGAGCACCUCCUGCAGAAGGUUUGGAAAGUUCACCAAAUAACCGAAAAAGAGUUAAUUCACUGGAAAAAAAGCCUUCUUUAAAACAGCAGAAGCCCCGACCAAUAGACACACAUAGUGAUCAGACUAAGAAUGAGGUAGACAUCAGAAGGAAACCUCAGCAAACAGGGCAGGAUAGCUCAAGACAGUAUAAUAAUGCAGCUGCUAACCAAAAUUCUAAUGCUACUUCAAAUACAAGAAGGGAAUUUGUGCCGAAGUGGAAUAAACCAUCUGAUAUCAAAGUGAUUGAAAAAACUAUGAUGCUUACUGCAGAGGUGAAAGGAAGGCCGAUAAACCAUUCUAUUUUAGCCUCACCACCAAGUCCUGGAGAAACACAGCCUUUGAAUGUCAAGCAGAAGAUGAGGGUUUUGGAUGUUGAUGAAGGUAAGCGAGGGUCGAAUGCGUCGCAGUAUGACAACGUUCCAGAAGCUGAUCAUGAGAGUGAGAAUCUUGUUGAAGAGAUGCUUGAGAGAGCUCACCCACAAAGUCCUAGGCACGUAACAUACUCCAACAGUCCAAGAAAGCAAACUGAAAAAAUACCAGCUCCGCUAAAAAUAUCCAAUAAUUACACUUUCACAGGUGUAAUUACAACUUCACAGCCAAGAUCUCCAAAAUACUCAUCACAAUCUGAUGGACCAUCUCAUGGACUCARUGUAAAGCAGUCACUGCCAUCUUACAAUAACCCACCUACUUACCAUGGAAAUUCUCCAAAGCAUGUUUCCARCAUAGGCAAUGCAAGCUCUGUUCCCUUGCAUUACCAUGGGAAUCGAACCAGCCCUCCUGGUAGGCCAUAUGGUUCUUUUAUUUCCAUGGAUUAUUCUCCAGAUAAAUCGCAAAUGAAUUCUUACCCUGCCAGUCGCCAAAAUCCUCUUUCACCAAGCCCUGGUCAGAUAGAAGUAGCCCCURUUGAUGCUUAUCCCAGCAAUUCCAGGUCCCCCACAGGAGUCAAAUUCAUAAUCCCACCAAUGGAUUACCUACCAGAGGACAGGCAGUGGUCAGAUGUUGCAUAUAUGUAUAGACAUGAGCCAUAUCGGCAACMCUGGAGCCAAGAUGCUAACAAGGGUCACUUGGAUAAUUUCCAGAAAUACCAGCAUUUUCAGUCAACACCUUUCCAAGAUAACAGUCUUCCUGCCAUUUCUGUUGAUAAUCCAAUAAGAUACAGGACUUCACCAACCUUUGAAGAACAUGGUUCACCACCAUACCCGAGUCCAUCAGCUCAAACCCAACCCUACCGAAAUAGAAACGAUGGAUUGUCUGUGCAUGAGUCCGUGCUCCUCUGAGAACCUCUCUCUACUUACUAAACUAUCAAAAACCAAAACCAGCUAAACCUUGCUGUGUUACUAGCAGUCCACCUCAGCUCCUCGGUGAAAUGUGGACAGUUCCUGCAACGCUGAAAAAUAACAACACUAGUUGAACGAUGUUUCAGACUUUCCAUGAAGGCUCCUAGAGUUCUUAGACUUGCAUUGCAGCUGUUGAAAGUGAUCUGAUGCACAUAAACAUAGCAAUAGCAAUAAGAUCAUAACACACAACAUGGCUAAUACUGUCACUGUACCUUACCUUUGAAUAACUUGUGUUAUGAUCUUUCUGCCUAAAACCUGUAACKCAUUUACAAGUUUUAUUUUGACUGACAUUGUAAUGCACUGUGUAAGUGUGCGUGUGAGCGCGUGCGAGUGUGAGUGUGUGCUUAUAUACACAAGCACGUAUGGAAAAGAGCUAAAGAAUUUAAAGUUAAAUGCAUUUAAUUUUGGGCAAAGCUUGUGAAGUACUCUUAUUUCAUAUUAAUUUUUCUUCAUAAUUUAUUCAAUAAGUCAUUCACUAUGAAUGGGAAUCUCUUUUUUGUUCAUACAGCUGCCUCAGUAUCCCAGUAUCUGUUCUGCAAGGAGAGAUGCUUUGGGGUUAUUAAUUUAAUCUUAUGUGAGAGUUAAUUUCUUGUCUUUUGACUACUGUUCUGUCGUCUUCCUCAGCAGGCUGGCAAAACCAGAAAGCCAAAAAUGUCUCUAAUCUGGCUAAGAAACGGUGCUUAAAAUCAGGGCAGGCUGAGCGUAGCACGUCUGCAGGCUCUGAGGUGCAUUGCAGGUGGGGAGGUUUUGCCUUUGCACCCAAAUCUACCUUCAGGAUGCCGUCCUAUAUGCAAAAAUAGUUGAGCACGGAGUCGGUCAUGCCAGAUACAGAAAUGGUGCUGCACCCUUCGUGUUUUGCCGGGCUCUGCUGUCAAACUAAGAUUAGUUGCAGGGUAUCGGGGAAUUACCGGCUCCUUGACACUGAAGCAUGUGCAGGAGCUCGAGAUUUGGGGGAGCCUCGGUGCCCGCCGAGCUGUGGGGUGCGGGGUCCUUUCUCCGAAGCUUUGUCCCGUCAAGUCCGUGUUAUGUCUUGUCCUUCUGUUCCCAAAGAGCCGGUGGGGCCGUGCGUGUGGCUGUUAGGCUGCUGAGAGACUGUGUGUUGCUSUACACUAAAAUGAUCCUGGCUGUUAAUAGGAAGCGCAGUAGACUGCUGAGAAUAGAAGUAUUUUGAGCCUAACGAGCGUUUGCAGCCCUUUGUGCUUCAUCAUGUUUUCCUUUCCUUUCAUCGACUGUGAAAUGGGGGGUGAAAAAAUCUGCAGGCUAACUGGCACGUAGGGGAUGUGGGUCCUGUAAGUGCCGAGYGCGGCCGAGUCCGGUGAAGCCGACGGGAGUUGAGGCCGACAGGAUCCUGCCAGAAGAGGUCCUUGGAGYGCUUAACAGGGAGGGUUUCCGAUGCUCAAGUACCAAAUGUUGGCACCAGCAUCAGCUUGGAUGGUUUGGGAAGCUGUCCUGUUUGUCUCUUGUUUUGUAAGAUUUGUUAACCGAAGAUGUAGAAAUGGAUAAUUAUAUUUUUCUUUUCCUUUAAAGAAUGAGCUUUAGUGCCUAUUAUUGCUGCAGGUUGGCUUGGUAAGUUUUAAGGUACAGAAGUAAAACAAUUUUUACAAGCAGAAGUAACAUUUACUUAGAGUGUUUCAAACUCUUUUUGUGUAUAUAAUGYGUCUGAUGUAAUUUUUAAUGACCUGGGCAAUUUUGUAUUUUAAAAAUUGCAAUCUGCAGCAAAGUAACAGUAGCAAGGCACUACACUGAACCUCUGAGCUAAAAUUGUGAAGAUAAAUAUGACUUGGGCUUACCUUAGUUCUGAUUGCUUACAGCAGCUUAGAAAUGUAUGUAUAUAAUAUUGUGGCUAAGUGUAAUAAUCCCAUGUUUAACAAUCAUUCUGUAAUUCAUAACAAAGCUGUACAAUUUAUUUGUGCAAGACUCCAAAAUAUGUAUCRGCAUUAGUAAAUACUGUAGAUUUUUAUAUAUAAAAUAUAUACAC